AUGGAAAAUUUGCUCGUAAUAACAGGAUCAAAAAUUCUUGCCUCAGGCUUUGAUGAACCAUCUGAUGCCACAAUUGAAAUUGAUAAAGUGACAGGGAAAAUAUUGAGAAUCCAUCCAAUUAGAUCAUCAAUUGACUCGUAUUCUUCUUUCUUGGUGGGGGAUGAUAAGAAGAAAGAUUUCAUUGAUGCUGGUAAUGAUGUUGUUAUGCCAGGUUUGAUUGAUACUCAUGUUCAUUUGAAUGAACCCGGUAGAACUGAUUGGGAAGGAUUUGAAACUGGCACUAAAGCUGCUGCUGCAGGUGGAGUGACAACCGUUAUAGACAUGCCAUUAAAUUCCAUACCACCAACUACAACCGUUGAUAACUUGAAUCAAAAGAUUAACGUUACCAAGAAUAAAAGUUGGGUUGAUAUUGGAUUUUAUGGUGGUGUAAUUCCUGGAAAUCAGAAUGAUUUGAUUCCUUUGAUAAAAUCUGGCGUAAAAGGAUUUAAAUGUUUUCUAAUUGAAAGUGGCGUCGAUGAAUUUCCUUGUGUUAAUGAACAAGAUGUAAGAAUGGCAUUUGAAACACUAAAGGUAAGGGAAUUUCUAGAAUCAAGACCUUCUUCUUUAGAAAUUGAUGCAAUCUCAUUUGUAAUUGAAUUAACCAAAGAAUAUAAUAAAUCGGUUAGAACACAUAUUGUACAUUUAUCAGCAUCAGAUGCUCUGGACGCUAUCACCAAAGCUAAAUUAGUUGAUGGUUUGCCAAUAACAGUUGAGACAUGCUUUCAUUAUCUUUGUUUAUCCGCAGAAGAAAUCCCUGCUGGCAGAACUGAAUUUAAGUGUUGUCCACCUAUUAGAGACGAUAAAAAUCGAGACAAGCUUUGGAAAGCAUUGGUAGAUGGGGUAAUUGAUUGCAUCGUGUCAGAUCAUUCGCCUUGUACUAGUAAUUUAAAGGAAGGAGGUUUUGGGAAAGCUUGGGGUGGUAUUUCAACAUUACAGUUUGGUUUACCAGUAUUAUGGACUGAAGCCAAAAAAAGAAACCUUUCCAGUUUUAAUAAUCUUGUAAAUUGGUUAUCAAGAAAUCCAGCAAAACUAGUUGGAUUAAAUGAUAGAAAAGGCGAAAUUAAGGUUGGGUAUGAUGCUGACAUUAUUAUCUGGAAUCCAGAAGAAUCCUUCAAAGAUUCGAUAGAAUUUAAAAAUAAAGUGACGCCAUAUUUAGGAAAAGAAUUUUAUGGGGUGGUUAAGAAAACAAUCCUAAGAGGAAAGAUUAUUUAUGAUGAUAAUGAAAUUACUGAUAUACCUUUAGGUGAAUUGUUACUUUAA